UCCGGCUGGAACCGGUUGGGCCGCGUCCGGCUCUAUAUAAAACUUUAUAAACACCCGAUUCAAAUUAGUGGGGUCGGGAGCCAGCGUAGCCAGCCGGGAGGCAGCCCCGCCGCGCCGCCCGCCGCCCGCACCGCGCAGACAGCCGGUCCGCUCCCUUCUUCCCCCUCCCGCCCCUCACUCCCUCCCCCGCUUCUCGCCGCCGCCCCGGACCGAGCGCGCCCGGCUCCCCCACCCCCCACCCCCCCUUUCCUCCGCCUUCUCCCUCCGCCCCCUCACGCCGCCCAGCCGAGCUCCUCUCUCCCUCACACAUACACACACACACACACACACAACACGCCCGCCCGGAGCCAUGCCGAAGAGAAAGGCUGAAGGAGAUACCAAGGGCGAUAAGGCCAAAGUUAAGGAUGAGCCACAGCGGAGAUCGGCGAGGUUAUCUGCUAAGCCUGCUCCUCCAAAGCCAGAGCCUAAACCUAAAAAGGCAGCUCCAAAGAAGAGCGAGAAGUUGCCCAAGGGAAAGAAGGGGAAAGCUGAUGCUGGCAAGGAGGGAAACAACCCUGCAGAAAACGGAGAUGCCAAAACAGACCAGGCACAGAAAGCCGAAGGUGCUGGUGAAGCCAAGUAAAAUGUGUGAAUUUUUGAUAACUGUGUACUUCUGGUGACUGUACAGUUUGAAAUACUAUUUUUUAUCAAGUUUUAUAACAAUGCAGAAUUUUGUUUUACUUUUUUUUAAGCUAUGUUGUUAGCACACAGACCGCUUCGUUGUUGUGUUUUGAGGGG